CCUUAAUUUUCCCGCCAUUUCGUACUGACCUCCAUCCCCUAAUCAAUCAAUCUCUACAUUUUCAUAUCUCAGAGUAAAGAAAGAAAGCCGAGACGGAAGAAGAGGCAAUGGGCCGCCUCAAUCCAGCAGAGCAAGCCAAAAUCAUCCUCAGGAGCAGGAUUUCCAGUCCCUCUUUCGUCUUCUCCUUCUUCUCCCAAUCCCCCGACUCCAACUACAGUAAAUUGAAAUAUAUAAUAUCAAGUUCGGUAACUGAGGCAUGUAACAAUUCUGUUCUGCUUCUUGGUCCUCGAGGUUGUGGAAAAGUUGCGGUGUUAGAGAUAGUUCUUGAAGAACUAUUGAAAGAGCAUCCAGAUAUGAUCUCUGUGAUUAGACUCAACGGACUUCUGCACUGUGACAACAAUUGCGCCUUGAAGGAGAUAGCCAGGCAAUUGUGUUUGGAGCAUCACUUGAUGUUCUCUAAAAUGGCGUCAUAUGAUGAUAACUCCCAAUUCUUGCUAUCCAUGUUGCGGGAGUGUGGAUUAGCACAUAAAACAAUUGUUUUUGUGCUAGAUGAGUUUGACCUUUUCACACAGGGAAAACAGCGUCUACUUUAUAGUUUGCUUGAUGCAAUGCAAUCUAUCACAUCACAAGCUGUUGUAGUUGGAGUGAGUUGCAGACUGGAUGCUGAUCAACUGUUGGAGAAAAGAGUAAGAUCUCGUUUUUCGCAUAGGAAGUUGUUGUUUCUUCCUCCCUCAAGGGAAGAUUGCCAAAGGCUUGUAGAGCACAUUCUACUAUUGCCAACAGAUUCAAGUCUUCCAAAUGAUUAUACAGCUGCUUUUAAUGCAAAACUUCUUAAUAUUCUAGCAGAUGAGAAAUUCAAAGGAAUCAUCGAUACAUUAUGUUACUCUGAUUCAAGUGUUGGCCAUCUAUUGAGAUUUCUGUUCUCUGCUAUUUGUCAUAUGGACAUGAAUUCUGGUUUCCUAUCUGUUAAGAAUUUUAAAUCAGCACUUCGAAGCAUGCAAAGACAGCCAAAGCUGGAGGCUUUAAAAGAUUGCUCAGUUCUAGAGCUUUACAUUCUGGUUUGCAUGAAGAGGUUAGAAGUCAAAGAGCUGGAAUUAUGCAACUUUAAUUCUAUAAUGAAAGAGUACAAAAGCAUCCAUGACACCUUCCAAACAUCCGACUAUUAUGCACGGAAUGUAUGCUUACGGGCCUUUGAGCAUCUUUUGGAGCGUGCACUGAUCUCCUUUGAGGACAAUAAAGGGCAUGGCCAAUCUGCUGAGUUCCGACCGGUGAAGCUUGUAAUAUCAUGGCAUGAACUACAUCAAGGGCUGAAAUCCCAUCGCUCUUGUCCAGCAAUCUUGCAUAAAUUAAUGGAUCGCGAAGGUUGAACUGCUAAAAGAUUGACUCUGGCAGUGGUUUAGGUCAGCUGCAGCUUGAAGAAUUCUAUAGCCUCCCCAAAGAAAACAAUUGUGUCUGCUGAAUGUUAGGACGGACAACUCUGAUCCGAUGGCACUGAUAGUAGUUACUGAGGAAAAGGUUUAGUUGACUUGUAUGUUGACGAAAUGAUCUGUAUUUCUUUGGAUUUCCAUUCUUUUUCUUGCUUGUAGCUUAGUCAUGCAAUUCUUACCAGUAAAUGUGCAAAUGUUGCUGUAACAUAACUCGUGAAAAGAUGAUGCUUUUC